AUGCUUAGAACAGUAAGAGGAAGGAGAGUUGGCCUUGCUCAGGCCAAUUUCAAAUCAUUGGUGCAAGCCAGAAAGUUUAGCUCUCAAAUGGUUUUGAGACAAACGAUUUCGGCCAAUGGUGACAUCAAUGGACAGCAGCAAGAGGCUGGGUCAUCUUCCAGCCAUGGAUAUAACAUCAUCGAUCAUGAAUACGACUGUGUCGUUGUUGGUGCUGGUGGUGCUGGUUUACGUGCUGCUUUUGGUCUUGCAGAGGCUGGAUACAAAACUGCAUGUAUUUCUAAGUUGUUCCCUACUAGAUCUCAUACCGUUGCUGCGCAAGGUGGGAUCAACGCUGCGUUGGGUAACAUGCAUAAAGAUGAUUGGAAAUGGCAUAUGUACGAUACCGUGAAGGGUUCGGAUUGGUUAGGUGACCAAGAUUCGAUUCAUUACAUGACUCGUGAGGCUCCAAAAUCUAUUAUCGAAUUGGAACAUUUCGGUGUACCAUUCUCAAGAACCGAAGAGGGUAGAAUUUACCAAAGAGCCUUUGGUGGUCAAUCCAAAGAAUAUGGUAAAGGUGGUCAAGCUUACAGAACUUGUGCCGUCGCUGAUCGUACCGGUCACGCUUUACUACAUACUUUGUAUGGUCAAGCUUUAAGACACAACACCCAUUUCUUUAUUGAAUUCUUCGCUAUGGAUCUUUUGACCCAUAACGGUGAAGUCGUUGGUGUUAUGGCUUACAACCAAGAAGACGGUACCAUCCACAGAUUCCGUGCUCACAAGACCAUUAUCGCUACUGGUGGGUACGGUCGUGCCUACUUCUCUUGUACAUCUGCUCAUACUUGUACAGGUGAUGGUUAUGCUAUGGUUUCUCGUGCUGGUUUCCCAUUGCAAGAUUUGGAAUUUAUUCAAUUCCAUCCUUCCGGUAUCUACGGUUCCGGUUGUUUGAUCACUGAAGGUGCUCGUGGUGAGGGUGGUUUCUUGGUUAACUCUGAAGGUGAACGUUUCAUGGAACGUUAUGCUCCAACUGCUAAGGAUUUAGCUUGUAGAGACGUUGUUUCUCGUGCCAUCACCAUGGAAAUCAGAGAAGGUAGAGGUGUUGGUCCAGAAAAGGAUCACAUGUUCUUGCAAUUGAACCAUUUGCCACCUUCUGUGCUUCAUGAACGUUUGCCAGGUAUCUCUGAAACUGCAGCCAUUUUCGCCGGUGUCGAUGUCACUAAGGAACCAAUUCCUAUCUUACCUACUGUCCAUUAUAACAUGGGUGGUAUUCCAACUAAGUGGAACGGUGAAGCUUUGACUAUCGAUGAAGAAACCGGUGAAGAUGUUCUCAUCCCAGGUCUACUUGCCUGUGGUGAAGCAGCUUGUGUCUCUGUUCACGGUGCUAACAGAUUGGGUGCUAAUUCCUUGUUAGAUUUGGUCGUGUUCGGUCGUGCUGUCGCUCAUACUAUCGCUGACACUUUGCAACCAGGUUUACCUCAUAAGCCAUUGCCAGCUGAUUUGGGUAAGGAAUCUAUCGCUAACUUGGACAAGUUGAGAAAUGCUACCGGUCACAGACCAACCGCUGAUAUCAGAUUGGCCAUGCAAAAGACCAUGCAAAAGGAUGUUUCUGUGUUCAGAACUCAAGCAUCCCUAGAUGAAGGUGUCAAGAACAUUAACGCUGUUGAUAAGACUUUCGUCGAUGUUGGAACAACAGACAGAUCCAUGAUCUGGAACUCCGAUUUAGUCGAAACUCUAGAGCUACAAAACUUGUUGACCUGUGCUACUCAAACCGCUAAGUCUGCUGCUGAAAGAAAGGAAUCUCGUGGUGCUCACGCUAGAGAAGAUUAUCCUGAAAGAGAUGACGUUCACUGGAUGAAACAUACCCUAUCAUGGCAACGUGAUACCGGUGACGAUGUCGUCUUGAAAUACAGAAAGGUCAUCGCCACCACCUUGGAUGAAAAGGAAUGUCCUCCAGUCCCACCAACUGUUAGAGCUUAUUAA